AUGUAUUUUUUCAAAGAUCUUUCGCUGAACAUUACGCUUCAUCCAUCGUUUUUUGGGCCCCAAAUGAAGAAGUACUUGAGAACUAAACUUUUGCAAGAGGUGGAAGGGACCUGUACAGGUAAGUUUGGAUACAUUUUGUGUGUUCUAGAUUGCGAAAAUGUGGAAAUUGAAAGAGGACGGAUUCUACCGGGGGACGGGUCUGCUGAAUUUACGGUCAAGUAUCGAGCCGUAGUGUGGAAGCCUUUCAAGGGAGAAGUGGUAGAUGGUGUGGUUUCCAGCUGCACAAACCUCGGGUUUGAAGUAGAUGUCGGGCCGCUCUCGGUGUUUGUGUCACCCUUUUUGAUGCCGGAGGACCUAGCCUACAACAGUGGGUCAAACCCACCAUCGUACCAGAGCUCAGAGCAGAUCAUCACAAAGGGCUCGAGGGUGAGACUGAAAGUUGUGGGUGCGAGAAGUGAAGUAAACUCGAUCUACGCUAUCGGAAGUAUCAAGGAAGAUUACUUGGGUGUCAUAUGA